AUGUGGUUCCUGGUUCUGUGCUUUGACUUAUCCCUGGUGGAGACUGGUGCCGUGACCCCCAUCCAGUCCCGGAUCAUAGGAGGCUGGGAGUGUGAGAAGCAUUCUCAACCCUGGCAGGUGGCUCUGUAUCAUGACAGCAAGUUCCAGUGUGGGGGCGUCCUGGUGCACCCCCAGUGGGUGCUCACAGCCGCCCACUGCAAGACCAACGAUUACCAGGUCUGGCUGGGUCUCCACAACCUGCUGGAGGAUGAUGACACAGUCCAGUUCCUCCAGGUCAGUGACAGCUUCAUUGAUCCAGAUUUCGACCUGAGCCUCCUGAAGAAGAAAUACCUGCGCCCAUAUGAUGACAUCAGCCACAACCUCAUGCUGCUCCGCCUGGCGCAGCCCGCCCAGAUAACAGACGCCGUGAAGGUCCUGGACCUGCCCACCCAGGAACCCCAACUGGGGAGCAUCUGCUACACUUCUGGCUGGGGCAUGACCAGCCCAUUCGCAACUGAGAGGCUGGAGACACUCCAGUGCGUGGAACUCAAACUCCAGUCUAAUGAGAUGUGUGCCAGAGACUACCCAGAGAAGAGAACAGAGUUCGUGCUGUGCGCUAGCCACAGGAAGGAUGAAGGAGGCAUCUGCCUGGGUGACUCAGGGGGCCCACUGAUCUGCGAUGGUGUGUUUCAAGGAAUCGCGUCAUGGGGCUACGUCGAGUGCGCCAGAUUCAAUAACAACUUUGUCUUCACCAAAGUGAUGCCCCAUCUGAAGUGGAUCAAGGAGACUAUAGAGAACAACAGCUGAACAUCCUGCCCUCCUGCUAACAUGAUUAAAAUAAAAUAUUA